UGCUUUUACGCGAGGCGCACAUGGACUUUUGCGUUUUUACUAAAUAAUGCAUAGUAGAGCGUAUCAAAGAUUCAGAUAAGGCACUACAGGUGACCCUAGAUGUCAAAAUUUAAAUGAAUUGCAGGAUCAAUAGUUCACAUAUAGUGGAAGUAUGUUCUGCACAGUGCUAAAAGUAGUAUACAGAAUAUAGGAUUAUGGCUAAUUUGGAAGAGCGCUUCAGAGAGGCAGCAUGCAUGGGAGAUUUGGAUGCUGUGCAAGCUCUGAUAGCUCAAAACAUUGAUGUUAAUUCAAAAAACCCAGUGAAUGGAUGGACUGCUCUUCACUGGGCUUGUAGGAGAGGCAAUGAAGAUGUUGUUAGGGUACUGUUAAACAGUGGUGCUGAUUCAAAACUGGAGAAUGAUAAAGGAGAGAAACCAGUGAAUGUGUGCAACCAUCAGAAUAUAGCUUCACUGCUAGGAGAGUCCAUUACUCCAAAUAAUUACUAUCAGGAAGAAAGCAGCACUAAAUUUGUCCCAAAUUACAUUAGGAAUGCUCCUUUGAAUGGACAAGUUGAGAUUCCACCUAAAUUGAGGCCCAGGCAUGAUUUCACAUCACUCCCAACAACUUCAUUACCAUCUCAAACUGAUGAUUUAGUACUUAAGGUGCGCGUCUUCGGUUCGUCCGAUCCGGAUUUCAUAGAAAUCGAAAUGCCGCGUUGGAAACUCACCUAUUCCACUUUAUUGCAUAUAUGUUGCGAAGAGUUGGAGAUUUCCGAGACGCGAGUUGAGAGGAUUCGAAAGCUACCAAAUACUAGGCUCAGAAAAGAUAACGAUGUGAAAAGGCUGACGGAUUUCCAAUGCUUAGAAAUCGUGCUGAAGACGCCGAUUACUCUUGAUAAACUGAACAACUCAUAUCAAAGCAUAUCCACUUGCAAAGAUCAGAAAAUCUUGUACUGAAAAGGAGAAAACAAACUGAAAACAACAUUUCACAAGUAUUGUAGUGCAGCAGAGAUAAUAAACGAGAGCUUCUACACAUUUAUAAAACUGCACUGCUUAGUACAAAAAUGAACAGGAACAAUAAAUUUUGUAAAUUGUA